GAGUCACUUCUGGUUAUGGAGCCAGGAAGAUCCCGGAAGCAAUCUCAAGAGACGCAGAGCCUAAGAAGCCAAGAGCAAGAGCUUCUACACCCCAAUAUGGAUAGCGCAAAUUGUGACCAUGUCAUGGGAAUUCCUGUGAAUUCUGUGACGUUUGCUGCAGAGGGACUGCCUGGAAAUCCUGCUUCUGCUUCUGUAGCUUCACGCAGUUCUUCCCACAGCAAACAGAAAAAGGACUUGAUCGUUGACUGGAUGAGUAAGCUUGGAGAAAAAGCAGAAGGCAUCCGAGGGCAUGUGAGUUUGGGCCCCAAGGUCUCUGAAACUAUGAAGGGAAAGUUGAGCAUGGGUGCACGGAUUCUUCAAGCAGGUGGGGUCGAGAGGGUCUUCAGACAAGCUUUCUCUGUCGGAGAAGGAGAAAGGUUGCUGAAGGCCUUUCAGUGCUAUCUAUCAACCACAGCAGGUCCUAUCUCAGGGAUGCUCUUUAUCUCGAACGAGAAGAUAGCGUUCCGCAGUGAUCGAUCCCUCAAAUUAUCUUCUCCAAAAGGAGGCUUGAUUAGAGUACCUUACAAGGUUUUGGUUCCAUUGAGGAGGAUAAAGGAAGCCAUUCCAAGUCAGAACAUGAGCAAGCCAAAUCAGAAAUAUAUCCAAAUAGUCACAGAGGAUGAGUUCGAGUUCUGGUUUAUGGGUUUGGUUAAUUAUGACACAACCUACAGGUACUUACGGCAGGCAAUCUCAGCAUUACAAUAAGCUUCGAGAGCAUCAACUUCGCAGUCUUCACCAAAUGAUUCAAGUACAUGGAAUGAAGAGAAGCCACCCGUACAAUCUCCAGUCGCAGUAAAUAGUGUCAUGCUCUACAAUUUUUUUUUUUACGAGCAAGUUUAGCAAAAGAAAAGGAUUUGUUAUUUCAUUUUUUUCUCUUACAUGUAAUGCUGCCAUACAAGAACAAAAAUCCUCAGAAAUGCUAUGCUGACCAAUAUGUUGAAAGUUAUAUAUAUAUAAACAAUGUUAUGAUACUUGGAAA